UAAAUUAAAUGUUUAAGGAUUAGAAUUAGAAAAUAUCGGACAAUAAUGGAAAUCACAUUAGCUUUAAUUAAACCCCAUGUGGUACGUAAUACAGUGGCGUUGCGCCAUUUACUGGAAUUGAUAAAAGACAAUUUCCAAGUACUGGAAUCCAAAGAAGUUCACAUUACGAAACAUUUGUCGGAAAAAUUCUAUGCUGAGCAUAAGGGGAAAUUCUUUUAUAAUCGACUGACCACCUUUAUGGGAAGUGGUCCAUCAUAUGCCUUAAUUCUACAAUCAGCGGAUAGCAUUUCUAAGUGGCGUUCUUUAAUGGGUCCCACCAAAGUGUACAAGGCAAUUUAUUCGAAUCCUGAUUGUAUUCGGGCCCUAUAUGGAUUAUCGGACACUCGCAACGCCUGCCAUGGUUCAGAUAGUAUUGAAUCCGCUACAAGGGAAAUAUCAAUAUUAUUUCCAGAAUUUAAUAUAUCAAAAGCACUGGAUGCUUUGGACAAGAGUAGAUGA